AUGCUGUUCUCUUUACUUGCACUGGGCGGCAGGCGCAGGAGAGGAAUGACGCAAGGCAACACGAAGAGUUGGGUUAGGAGUGCACAGCUAAGGAUAUCAGUUGACUUUUCCUUUGGUUGUGUUAUCUGUGGAUGAUAUGGUAGCACGUAGGAGUGCAGCCACUUGGUUUUAUUCUGCUGACGUAAGAAAUGAAGAGUAUCGUCAUUAUGUCUCGGGAGCUCCAAACGCUAGCUCUUAAUGCUAAGUCCAGCUAGUCACUGUCUACAAACAACUUGUCAACAAUCAGUCUUCGACAGUGCUUGUAUUGUAUCUUUGGUGGCAGCUACUUGUUUAAACCGGGGAUACUUCUCGUACUCAACGCCUUUGAAAAAAACAGUAACACUGUGAAAGGGGAGUUAUGUUGGCAACGUGACAGGACGGUAGCUUCUGUACCACCCUGAACAGGAGCCAUGGAUGCGUUUCAGCAUACUGCCAGAAAGCUGCCGGAUGGUGUAAACGGAACACGUGAGCCAAAGUCCCCCCAGGACCCAGAGUCGGUCGGGGCCUCGAACUGUGCAAAUGGGCCGGACUCGCCGGAGGUCCCAGAGCUGCAAGAGCUGAGAACCAGGGAAGCUGCUGAUGAUGAGGAUGAUGAAGAGGUGGAGAAAGUAGUGGACAGAGAACGCUCGCCUGUAUCUAAAGGGCCGAAGCAGAAAGCUAAAAAGGAAGCCACAAAGCAGGAUGGAAAAGAACUCAAGAAUCACGUCAGCCGUGCAUCAUCCCCCAACUACACAGAUCUCUCCCAUACCUCGUCGCCGUCCUUGUCAGAGCAGCUUCGCCUGGGCCGAGAAGAGGCCGCAGGGGCUGGGAUUAAUGUGGAGUGCAAAAUCUGCGGGGACAAGGCCUCUGGCUUCCACUACGGUGUGCAUGCCUGUGAGGGCUGCAAGGGCUUUUUCCGACGGACCAUCCGAAUGAAACUGGAAUACGAGCGCUGCGAGCGUGCGUGCAAGAUACAGAAGAAGAAUCGGAAUAAGUGCCAAUAUUGUCGAUUCCAGAAGUGCCUAUCUUUGGGAAUGUCUCAUGAUGCAAUCCGGUAUGGACGCAUGCCUGAAGCUGAGAAGAAAAAGCUGGUGGCGGGCCUACAGGCAGAGGAACAGAACCUCCGCAAUCCUAAAGGUGCAGACCUCAAGACGCUGGCCAAACAGGUCAACGCAGCCUACUUGAAAAACCUCAGUAUGACCAAGAAAAAGGCCCGCAGUAUCCUCACGGGCAAGACCAACAGCACCUCGCCCUUUGUCAUCUAUGACAUGGACACCCUAUGGAAAGCGGAGAGCGGUUUAGUAUGGAGCCAGUUGGUGCCGGGGGCACCCCUGACCAAGGAGAUUGGGGUCCAUGUGUUCUACCGCUGCCAGUGCACUACAGUGGAGACUGUGAGGGAGCUCACAGAGUUUGCCAAGUCCAUUCCAGGCUUUGUGGACCUCUUCCUCAAUGACCAGGUGACUUUGUUGAAGUAUGGUGUGCAUGAGGCUAUUUUCGCCAUGCUCCCCUCGCUCAUGAACAAAGAUGGACUUUUGGUGGCCAAUGGCAAAGGAUUUGUGACCAGAGAGUUCCUGCGAAGUUUAAGGAAGCCCUUCAGUGAGAUAAUGGAGCCCAAGUUUGAGUUUGCCUUAAAGUUCAAUGCUCUGGAGUUGGACGACAGUGACCUGGCACUGUUUGUUGCAGCCAUCAUACUCUGUGGAGAUCGCCCAGGGCUGAUAAACGUGAAGCAGGUGGAACAGAGUCAGGACAGGAUACUGCAGGCCCUUGAUCUGCACCUCCAGACCAACCACUCUGACUCGCUCUACCUCUUCCCCAAGCUGCUGCAAAAGAUGGCCGACCUCCGACAGCUGGUCACAGAGAAUGUUCAGCUGGUUCAGAAGAUUAAAAAAACUGAGUCUGAGACCUCGCUCCACCCUCUGUUGCAGGAGAUCUACAAAGACAUGUACUAGUUUUUAACUCCACAAACGGUUGUUGUGGGUUUAUGAGCAAUAUGGUUACGGACUGAAGUGAUGUUUUUUUCAAACUGAAAUUCUAGGGAAGCACUGCUCCAGACAUGGACUUACUGUUUUGUGUAUGUAUGUGUGUGUGUCUGUGGCUGAGGCGAUUGAGUGGUAAUACUGUAGUUACAUUGUAGGUUUAAGGUAAUCGGCAAAUACCCUUUUGAUAUCAGAAUUACCAGAAGAAUAAUAGUGUAAAUAAUAAGUGUAUGUGGAAUCAUGUUCCGCAAGUCCUCGUUGCGCAAAAAAAAAGGUCACUGAACUGUUUGAAUGGUAUGUUGUGUUUGAAGAGGCGCUGUUUUUCUUGUUCCUCAGGGGUAAGCUCCCAUUUCAUUCUGACCCCAUAUCAGUGCCCUGACAGAACCUGGCCUUUCAGUGGCAGUGUAACUCUGUACUCUGCCAAUGUUUGUAUACAAGAGUAUUAGCACAAGUGAUCAGAGCUGCCUGUUUGUACUGUAUGGAGAUGAGACAUGCCAGGGUCUUGGUAGCAGAGUUAUUUUCGGGCUCUAUGUUAAAAAAGACUAGGUGUGAAAUGUAUUUUGCUUGUGUACAUCCGCAUUGCACUAAACAAUGUUGGGUUUUUUGGAGGCAGAAUAGCAAAAAAAGAAAACUGGGCAGGCUCCAGCUGGGUAAAGCUCACACAAGUGGCAGCAUCUGUGUGAUACCAUUAUACUGUGUACAUUUUUGUGAGAACAGUGUCUUGAGUUGGGUGAUUGAGGUGUUCACUUAGUGAGCUCACUGAGCUGUGAUAAAUGGGCUAUGCUGCACAGAUUCUACGCAGAAUUGGUGAAUAGAAUUGCAUCACUCCUUUAUUUCGAGGGGGUAUUCUCUUUAGCCAGGCAAAUAGUUCUCCCCAAUGUAUUUUAAGAUUCCUUAGUUAUUGUUAUGAGUGAAUGAAAAAUCUAUUGGAUGUAUACUGAACCAAGCAUAGAUUUUACGAGUGCAUGUCUGUAUUGAGUGUAAGAAUGCACCAAAUAUAAGUAACCUAACAUUUUCUUUAAUCUGAACAUUACAAAUUUGGAGUUAUACUAAAAUCAAUGUAGCAUGCUAUCCCUAUUAAUUUGAUGACAAUUAUUAGAUCAAUGUAUUGAUUGUGUGACAUCACAAUGGUUUGAUGUACUGUCACAACUGUUGACCACAAUACCAGAGUACCAUUUUUCGAGUUCCACAAUUCAAUGAUUUAUGUUGUAAAAGCAAAUGGUUUUUAAUAUAUCUAUUUUCAAAUACAUAGUUUGAUGGACUAUAUCAUUAAUGUAUAGAAACUUGAUAUGUCUAUCAAUAUAAACAAACUUUACUUUGAAAGGUCAAUGAAAAAAAUCUUGUUUUAUUAUCUCUUAAACCCUAACUACCUCUAUAUGUUGUAUGUUUCCUUCACUUUAUCACAUGUACCAAUGUCUGAUAAUAUUGUAAUAUCUGACAUUUUGCCUUAAAUACUAUCAGUAGGCUACACAUUGCAAAUUUUAUAUUGUAGUGUAUGUGCAAUGUGCCAAAACAAUUAUGUGAAUAAAUGAUAAAGGACUGA